CCCCGCCGCCCCGCGCCCGCGCCCUCCGCCGCGCCCCGCCGCUCCCCGCCGCCGCCGCUCCCCGCCGCCGCUCCCCGCCGCCGCCGCCGCCGCGCUGCAGGACUGGCUAUGGCCACCACUACUUCCGGGUUCCGUCACUUCAUUCUCCCGCCGAUCAGCGCCGCAAAACUGAGCCUCUUCUAUAAGGCAGCCGGCAGCCAACCUGCCAACACUUACUGACACUCACUCAUCCCAGGGAGUGAGGGAGAGAGGGAGACAAAAUACCUGCCGGGAGGAAAAAAAAAAAAAAAAAACCAAAACCAAACCAAAAGGAGAGAGGGGGAAGUCCGGGCUUUGCAAACUAUUCAAUUUUUCUUCGCAUCUUUCCCCACCCCCCUUCACAGUACUUUGAAAAAAAACAAAACAAAACCAAAACCAACAACCCUAUAAGCGAUCCUAAAAGGCAAAACCCGAGCACGGAGUUACUGGAAGAAGAAGCCGGGGUUAAAAAGAUUCCUCCUCUCUUCUUCAUCAUCAUCAACCAUCAUUCAUUCACUACCUUGACAUUCCCUGGCUUUGAUUGACAGCUGGAGUGGCAAAAAGCCAUGAGACACGACAGUUUGGUUACAUGUGGGUUGCUGACGGGCCGAUCGUAACCUUCAGUUUGGGGGCUUGACAAUUUUUUUUUUUUUUUUUUUUUUUUUUUUUUUUUUUUUUUUUUUUGCGUAGAGAAAGAAAAAAGGAAAAAGAGAGACAGAAAAAGGAAAGAGAAAGAGACAGAAAAAAAGAAGAAAACACAGAAACUCAUCGUGGUUCUUGACUGUUUUUUACAUAUUGUUGUUGUUAUUGUUGUUGUUAUUAUUAUUAUUUACCCAUAUUGGAGGAUAGGAGAAGUCUAUAAGUGGGUUACAAAAAAAAAAAAAAAAGGAAUCUUCUUCACUCUAAAUCACUUUCUUUGCUGGACUGGGAUAUUAAAUAUACGACACAUCCAGGAGUUUAUUGGAGCGCAGACUGAUGGCGCAAAGGUACGAUGAGCUGCCCCACUACGGCGGGAUGGACGGAGUAGGGGUGCCGGCGUCCAUGUACGGGGACCCCCACGCCCCCCGGCCGAUCCCCCCGGUGCACCACCUCAACCAUGGGCCGCCGCUCCACGCCGGACAGCACUACGGCGCCCACGCCCCGCACCCCAAUGUCAUGCCGGCCAGCAUGGGCUCCGCUGUCAACGACGCUCUGAAGCGGGACAAGGAUGCGAUUUACGGGCACCCGUUGUUCCCCCUCUUAGCUCUGGUCUUUGAGAAGUGCGAGCUGGCGACCUGCACGCCCCGGGAGCCCGGCGUGGCCGGCGGGGACGUCUGCUCCUCCGACUCCUUCAACGAGGACAUCGCCGUCUUCGCUAAACAGGUCCGCGCCGAAAAACCACUUUUUUCUUCAAAUCCAGAGCUGGACAAUUUGAUGAUCCAAGCAAUACAAGUACUAAGGUUUCAUCUUUUGGAAUUAGAAAAGGUUCAUGAAUUGUGUGAUAAUUUCUGCCAUCGGUACAUUAGUUGUUUGAAAGGAAAAAUGCCAAUAGACCUCGUUAUUGAUGAAAGGGAUGGCAGCUCCAAAUCAGACCAUGAAGAACUCUCAGGAUCUUCCACAAAUUUAGCCGAUCAUAAUCCUUCAUCUUGGAGAGACCACGAUGAUGCAACCUCAACGCACUCGGCAGGCACACCAGGGCCCUCCAGCGGGGGCCACGCUUCCCAGAGUGGAGACAACAGCAGCGAGCAAGGUGAUGGUUUAGACAACAGUGUAGCCUCACCUGGUACAGGAGAUGAUGAUGACCCAGACAAGGACAAAAAGCGUCAGAAGAAAAGAGGCAUUUUCCCCAAAGUAGCAACAAAUAUCAUGAGAGCGUGGCUUUUCCAGCAUCUCACACAUCCAUAUCCUUCAGAGGAGCAGAAGAAACAGUUAGCCCAAGACACAGGACUUACAAUUCUACAAGUAAACAACUGGUUUAUUAAUGCCAGAAGAAGAAUAGUACAGCCUAUGAUUGACCAGUCAAAUCGAGCAGGUUUUCUUCUUGAUCCUUCAGUGAGCCAAGGAGCAGCAUAUAGUCCAGAGGGUCAGCCGAUGGGAAGCUUUGUGUUGGAUGGUCAGCAGCACAUGGGAAUCCGGCCUGCAGGUUUGCAAGGCAUGCCAGGGGACUACGUAUCUCAGGGUGGUCCAAUGGGUAUGAGUAUGGCACAGCCAAGUUACACUCCUCCCCAGAUGACCCCACACCCAACUCAAUUAAGACAUGGACCCCCAAUCCAUUCAUAUUUGCCAAGUCACCCCCACCACCCAGCCAUGAUGAUGCACGGAGGACCCCCUACCCACCCUGGAAUGACCAUGUCAGCACAGAGCCCCACAAUGUUAAAUUCUGUAGACCCCAGUGUUGGUGGACAGGUUAUGGACAUUCAUGCCCAAUAGUAUAAGGGAACUCAAGGGAAAAACAAAACAAAAACAAACAGAAACUAUUUUAAGACUUUUGAACUUUGACCAGAUGUUGACACUUAAUACGAAAUUCCAGACAGCUGUGAUUAUUUUUUACUUUUUGUCAUUUUUCAUCAACAACAGAGGACCAAUGAAACAAGAACACAAAUGUGAAAUCAUGGGCUCACUGAAACGAAUAUGUCCAUGUACAGAUCCUCUGGAAAAAAAAAAGACUCCAAGAGUUAUAACUACUGUAGUAUAAACAUAGGAACUAAGUUAACUUGUACAUUUCUGUUGAUCACUCCGUUACGUUGCCUCAAAUAGUUUUAGAAGAAAAAAAAAAUCCUUGUUUUCCACACUAUGUGUGUUGUUCCCAAAAGAAUGACUGUUUUGGUUCAGCAGUGAAGUCACUAUCCAUGAAAGACCUGUUUUGGCCAGUGAGAAAAGAACUACCCUGGAGAUGAAGAUGAAAAGUCUUGCUGGGUCUCUCAUCACUCAGAAGACUGUUCCAAGAAGGCCUUGUCAUUCCCUCAUUUUAUUCCUUCAUAAAAUGUGUCCUUUAGUUUCAAACAGAUCUUUAUAGUUUGUGUUUCAUUAAGUCUCUCCCCAUUCCUCCCAAUCUAUUUUUUUUGGACUCUUCAAAGAGCUUGCAGGUGAAGAUUUAAAAGGCAGAACAGACAGAGCAGAAGCUUCUUCCAGUAGUUCUGAGCCUUGGCUUUGGACAAAACAAAACUAAAAGUUGGGCAGCUUUCCUCAAUGAAAGAAGUUACUAACGGUCUUUGCACCAAACCUAGGACUUUAUCAUGAACUCAAAGCUUGGGAAAAAAAGCAAGAGAAUACUGUAACAAACUUCGUACAGAGUUCGGUCUAUUAAUUGUUUCAUGUUAGAUAUUCUAUGUGUUUACCUCAAUUGAAAAAAAAAGAAUGUUUUUGCUAGUAUCAGAUCUGCUGUGGAAUUGGUAUUGUAUGUCCAUGAAUUCUUCCUUUCUCAGCACGUGUUCCUCACUAGAAGAAAAUGCUGUUACCUUUAAGCUUUGUCAAAAUUUACAUUAAAAUACUUGUAUGAGGACUGUGACGUUAUGUUUUAAAAAGAAAAAAAAGGUGUUAAGUCACAAAAUGCGGUAAUAAAUAUUUCAUUUUUGAUUU